AUGUCAUCUCAAUACGAAUCUGGCCAUGAGGUCCCAGUCAGCCACCAGGAGGCUCCUGGAAAGCAACACAAGAUGGAGGGCCCAGAUCCAGUAAACGACCAGCUCCCAACCGACGAUGGAGGAUACCAGCCAUACCUUGCAGCCGGCAAGCUCAAGGGAAAGAAGGCUCUGAUCACUGGUGGUGAUUCCGGAAUCGGUCGUGCCGUAGCAAUCCUUUACGCCAUGGAAGGUGCAGACAGCACAAUCGUCUACAUGCCCGAGGAAGAGAAGGACGCACAGGAGACAAAGAAACUCGUCGAGCAGAAGGGCGGAAAGUUAGAUCUUAUCUCAACCGACCUACGGGAAGCGAAGAACUGCAAGGAUGUGGUAGAGAAGUCGUUGAAGGCUAUGGGAAAGAUUGAUAUCCUAGUCCUCAACCACGGAUUCCAGAUGAUGCAAGAGACCAUUGCUGAUCUUAGCGAGGACCAAUGGCUCAAGACCUUCAACACAAACAUCCACCCCUUCUUCUACCUCUCCAAAUACACCCUCCCACACAUGAAGCCCGGCUCCACAAUCAUAACCUGCGCCUCUGUCAACCACUACAUCGGCCGACCCGACCUCCUCGACUACACCUCCACCAAGGGCGCAAUCGUAGCCUUCACCCGCGGUCUCUCAAACCAGCAGAUUGGCAAUGGUAUCCGUGUUAACGCGGUAUGCCCAGGUCCAAUCUGGACGCCGCUGAUCCCGGCAACCAUGAACGAGAAGGCACAGAGCGAGUUCACGAGUCCAAUGGGGAGACCCGGACAGCCUGCAGAGGUGGCGACGUGCUUUGUGUUUUUGGCGAGCAAGGAUAGUAGUUUUAUUAGCGGGCAGAGCUUGCAUCCUAAUGGUGGUGUGAUCGUUGGGUCGUAA